AUGCAGUUAAGUCUUACGGGUGGUGAUGAUGAUGCUGAUGCUGAUGAUGCUGAUGAUGAAGAUAUUGAUGAUCCCCCAAACAUCUUUAUCCUGCAUUGCGUGCAGCGAAGCCCUAAGCAGGCCGAGCGGCUGGUCUUCUUGCGCCGGUCCCUGGCCCGGGCCCGGAUCCAGAGUUUGGAACUCGAGUCUCAGCGCGCUCAACAGGAGAGAGCUUUAGCCGAGGCUUAUGCGCAGCGGCGUGAAAAUCAGAUCGCGCAGCGGCGGGAAGAGCGUCAAGCAAGGCUUCGUGAGCUGCAGGAGAAGGCCCGCCCUCCGCCGCGCAGCCCCGAGCUCGAAGUGGAGAAGGACCCGGAGAUCUCUGCGUUGCUGGCCCAGCGGCCCUCACUGAAGAAGCGGUUGCGGCCGCCGCUACAAAAUGCCGUCUUGCCACCAUGCUCACCGCGCUCGCCACGCUCGCCGCAUUCUGCGCACUCUGUGUCUGCGAAUUCUUCCCCAUCUCCGAGGAAGCCAGCGGUGCCUAAGCCUCCACCUCAGCGAGCAGCUGCCCGGAUGCCAGAGGAGGCCCCGUCGGCCCAGCAGCCCCAAAUGCCAAGAAAGGAGCACUUGCGCGCGACACAGCACCAGCUGCUGAAAUCGUGUGGUGUGGUGGUGUACAAGCAGCAGAUGAAGGCCCACUUCCGGCGAAUUCUUGAGGCAGUAGAGGUGGGCUAUGGCGCAAGUGCCGGCCACCAGAAGAAGCCUUGCAGCAAUGGAGAUACCAAUCAGAGCAAUCCUGCGAGCACUCGUUGUUCUUUGGCCUGA